CCAUCAAACCUGCUCAACAUGUGUUCAGAGGAGACACAGUCACUCUCAGAUGUGACAUAAAUGCUGAAGGAGUCACUAGCUGGCAGUACAGCUGGUAAAAAGACGGUUCAGGCAAUGCUUUCAGUGAACUACAGGAACACACAUUCAGUUCUGUUACUGAGUCUGACGCAGGUAAAUACUCCUGUAAAGGAUCAGAGAGAGGAGGAUCACGAACAUCACACCGCAGUGAUGAAGUUACACUGACAGUAUCAGGUGAGUUUGAUCAUCUCUUCACAUACACACACAAGUUUAACAUGUUAUUAAUGAGUGAUUUCUCACCUUCAGUUCCCAGAGCAGUUUUAAGUGUUUCUCCACAGACGUGGUUGACUGAAGGAGAUCCAGUGACUCUGAUCUGUGAGGUUAAAGGCUCCUCUACAGGCUGGACAUUCAGCUGGUUCACUGUAACUCUCUCAUCAGACUAUGAUCUGCUCUCAGACAGCAGCAGAGGAGCUGGAGGAAACUACACUGUCACUUCUGCUGCUCUAAAACACACAGGAGUUUAUGUGUGCAGAGCAGAGAGAGGAGAACCAGCCUAUUACACACAGUACAGCAACACACAGUUAAUAUGGGUCACUGGUGUUUCUCCUCCAGUCUCUCUGAUCGUCAGUCCCAGCAGAACUCAACACUUCACAUCUGUCUCUCUCUCUCUGAGCUGUGAGGAUCAGAGUAACUCUACUGGAUGGACAGUGAGAAGAUACAGUGACAGAUGGGGGCUGGAAGAUUGUUCAUCAUCAGUGUCUGGAUCACAAACAGGAUCUUCAUGUACAAUCAGAGACACCAGAACAGAGGACACUGGAGUGUACUGGUGUGAGUCUGAAUCUGGAGAGAAACAUCAGCCUGUUAAUAUCACUGUACACUCUGGUGUGAUUCUGGAGAGUCCUGUUAGUCCUGUGACUGAAGGAGAAACUCUGACUCUACGCUGUUUAUAUAAACAUACAACCUCACCAAACCUCAGAGCUGAUUUCUAUAAAGAUGGGUCACUCAUCCAGAGUCAAACUACAGAGAUGAUCAUCUCUACUGUCUCAAAGUCACACAAGGGUUUCUACUCCUGCAAACACCCAGAGAGAGAAGAGUCACCCAAGAGCUGGAUCUCAGUCACAGUGUCUCAUUCAGGAUCUCAGAUCUCUGUCCUCCACACACUCAGUUCUGUACUGGCAGUGUGUCCAUAUCUGCUCGUGACAGUCGUGCUGAUUUUCAAAUGCUGCAGGAUGAGAGGUAAAUAUCUGUUUGAUUUAUAACCUUAUAUUCAGUUACAGUAAACAUCAAAUUGGUCUUCAUUAGGUUGGUUUGAGAAAGUCAACUUUCUGUUAUGUUAGCUUCUUAUUAUUCUUCUUAGACUAAAUUUCUGAACACUACUCCUCCUACAGUGUUCAAGCUAGAACCACAAAACUCAGCCCUGCUCUUCAGA